AUAUUUAUUUCACUGUCGUGUGUCAUGUCUCAUCGACAGCGCCAUCCGACUAUAAAAAGUAACGCGAUUUUCCGCUGCCCGUCGACCCAUAUUUUCCCUCCUUUUUUGGCGUUUGGCGCGUUUGGAUUGAGGAGAAACAAGAGAAUGGGAAAAGAAGAAGAAGGGAAGAAGAAGGGUAGGAGAAUGCUAGCGCUGACGGGAGCUGCAGCUCUUGUUGCAGUCGCCAUCAAUCUCCUAUUCACCGCUCUCAACGCCCAUAAAUCCAAGAACCAGAACAAGAAGAAACCCAAAGCAGGUGUCCUCGGCUUAACUGUUCAUGUCAACCUCUCUGCUUCUGAAAUUCUCAAGUUAGCUGAUCGUGUAAUUGCCAAGUCGAAGGAUGUUCACGAUUAUGUAGCUUCGAUUCCCUUGGACAAAGUCACCUAUACAAAUGUUAUACUUACCUUAGCAGAGCUGGAGGCGCAGCAAUUUCCUUUGGUGCAAUCUUGUGUGUUCCAAAAAAUGGUGGGCCUUUCAGAUGAUGUGCGGAAAGCCAGCGCUGAAGCAGAGAGAAGAAUAGAUGCUCACCUUCUCAUAUGCAGCAAACGUGAGGAUGUAUACCGUGUCAUCAAGGCUUUUGCUGCAAAAGGGGAAUGGAUGAAUGCUGAAAACAAACAUUAUGUUAAUUGCUUGGUUAGGGAUUUUGAGCGGAACGGUAUGAACCUUACCUUAAGCAAGAGGGAGGAAGUUGAACGUCUGAGAACUCAAAUUGAUGAGCUCAGUAUGCGAUAUAUCCAAAAUCUAAAUGAGGAUAAUACUACUAUCAUCUUUAGUGAGUCGGAGCUAGCUGGGCUUCCGCGAGAGUUCAUUAAGGGCUUAGACAAAGCUGAAAAUGGAAAAGUAAAGGUCACCUUAAGAAGUCACCACAUCACUCCGAUUUUGGAGCAUUGUAAGGUAGGUAGUACCAGGAAGACAGUUGCAGUGGCACAAGGGCAGAGAUGUGGUGAAGUGAAUCUUUCUAUCCUGGAAAAUUUGGUCCAAUUACGCCAUAAACUCGCUCGAUUACUCGGGUAUUCCAAUUAUGCGGACUAUGUUGUUGAGCCUAGAAUGGCAAGGACAUCAGCUAAGGUCUUUGAAUUUUUGGAGGAAGUUUCCAUUCGGUUGACAGAUCUGGCUACUAGAGAACUUAACGUGCUCAAAGAUUUGAAGAGGAAGGAGGAAGGGGUGUCUAGCUUUGGAAUUGAGGAUUUACUAUACUAUAUAAGGAGAGCUGAAGAACAAGACUUUGAUCUAGACCUUGGAGUAGUUAAACAAUACUUUCCAGUCAGUUUAGUUCUGUCCGGGAUUUUCAAAAUAUUCCAAGACCUUUUUGGCCUAAGAUUUGAAGAAAUUGAAGAAGCUGAAGUUUGGCACAAUGAUGUUCGCCUGUUUUCAGCCUUGGAUUUCAGUACUAGCGAACGAUUGGGUUAUUUCUACUUGGAUAUAUAUUCGAGGAAAGGGAAAUAUGGCCACACAUGUGUUGUGGCUCUUCAAAAUGGAUGCAUCUCUUCCAAUGGUGCACGCCAGAUUCCAGUGGCAUUAAUUACAUCUCAACUUCCCAAGCAAAUUGAUGGUAAUCCAGGAUUAAUGCGGUUCUCUGAAGUGGUUAAUCUUUUCCAUGAGUUUAGUCAUGUGGUCCAUCAUAUUUGCAAUUGUGCAUCAUUUGCUAGAUUCUCUGGUCUUCGGGUUGAAGCAGACUUUGUGGAAAUUCCUGGAAAGUUACUAGAAAAUUGGUGUUAUGAAAGCAUCCCCCUAAAGAUGAUGUCCGGUUUCCAUCAGGAUAUUACGAAACCCGUCACUGAUGAAAUGUGCAGAUUGCUGAAAAGAAGGCGUGAUUCCUUUUCCGGCCUUAAAUUGAAGCAAGAAAUUCUUCUUUGCUAUUUCGAUGAGAUUAUACAUUCCAGUGAAAACGUUGACAUGGUGGAGCUACUCAAGCAUCUCCAUCCCAAGAUAAUGUUAGGAAUUCCUUUGUUGGAGGGAAGCAAUCCAGCUUCAUGUUUUUCACGCCUUGCUAUUGGCUAUGAAGCGGCUUGUUACAGUCACAUUUGGAGUGAGGUUUUUGCUGCAGACAUAUUUGCCUCAAAGUUUCAGGAUGAUCUUUUAAACCAGUAUGUGGGGCUGCAGUUCAAGAAAAAGGUAUUGGCCCCUGGAGGAUCAAAGGACCCCAUGGAGAUCCUGUUUGAUUUUUUGGGAAGGAAACCAUCUGUUCAAGCAUACGUUGAACACAAAACCAGAAACAGUAUAUGACUGUUGAGUUUGGAUCGUGCCGUGGGAACGUUGUUUUUUUUUUUUUUUUUUGCUACCACUUCCCUUCCCUGCCAUAACUUGCUUCUACAUAAUUCAGCUGCUCAGUCCGAGCAAGGUUUUGGUCGCUUCUUUCAUGUAUUACAGUGUUUUCUCCUGUGUACUAUACUUAUAUGGUGGUGCCGCUGCCGCUUCAAAUUCAUGCUUCCUCACUGGCAGACGGUUCUUCGCUCCUGCACCCAAACAAAUGGCACUCAUGCGAUGUACCGCUAUAAUUCUGGAUGAAUUCAUGUUCA